AUGGCUUACUGGGCCAACGGACAAAAGAGACGCACACCAGGAGAAUAUGCCAACGACAGAAGGGACUUUAUGGACAAGACUGACGAAUAUAUCCAUCCAGUUGUAAACUUCCGGGUAAAUUGGCUCAAGGUGCAGAACUCAAAGGACCCUUCACGUCCGAUCUACAAACCGGGCAAUCCAGAAGUUAAGGAUGAACGUCGCAAAGUUGGGGACAAGGACGGAAAGCCUUUCUUCGAAAACGAUGUUUGUGGGUGA